AUGCUGUGCCUUCUGCUCUCCAGGCUGCCAGCUAGGAUGUGGGGCAGGAUUUCGGAGAAGCAGGUGAAUGGGGUAGUCCCUGGGGGCCUGGGGCACAGGUUUAUGGCACACAACAGUCAGACCCCUUCCCCAUGUCUUAUUCAGAGACUUGACCACAUCGUGAUGACAGUAAAGAGUAUCAAAGACAUCACCAUGUUUUAUUCCAAGAUUCUGGGCAUGGAGAUCAUAACAUUCAAGGGAGAUAGGAAGGCAUUGUGUUUUGGAGACCAGAAAUUUAACCUUCAUGAAGUGGGAAAGGAAUUUGAACCUAAAGCUGCUCACCCAGUUCCUGGCUCCCGACCUUUGGAGAAAAUGAUCCAACACCUCAAGGCUUGUGAUGUUCCCAUUGAGGAGGGUCCAGUCCCCAGAACUGGGGCAAAAGGGCCCAUUAUGUCCAUCUACUUCCGAUACCCUGACAGAAACCUGAUUGAGGUGUCCAACUAUAUUUCCUGUGAUUGA